AUGACCAAGGAAGACCGACCAAAACCGACCAAAACCGACCAAGGCCAAGCAAGACCGACCAAGACCAAAGCAAAACGAACCAGCAAGCGAAACCAAACAAGACCCAACAAGACCCCCAAACACCAAACAAGACCAAGCAAGGCCAAGCAAGACCGACCAAAACUUGAGCAAGACCGACCAAGACCAAAGACAAAACGAACCAGCAAGCGAGACCAAGCAAGACCCACCGACACUAAACAAGCCCAAGCAAGGCCAAGCAAGUCAAAAGAAGACCAAGCAAGACCGACCAUGACCAAAGACAAAACAAACCAGCAAGCGAGACCAAGCAAGACCCACCGACACUAA